CCGCGGAUGGUCAUGCUAGUGAACUAUUGGGCUGGGACCCGGACGUGGUAACCCUUCCAUAUCACUCAGAGCAUCGUCGAAAGCAGCGCAGGUGGAUUCAAAAUGCUUUUGGCGACAAGGCGGCAGUCCGGCAGUUAGAGACUCUGCAACAGAGGGAGACAUAUGUCUUGUUGAUGGGCCUGAUUCACGAACCGCACGACUUCGCCAAACAUGUCAAGCGGUACAUAUCGGCACUCAUCAUGGACAGCGUGUACGGCCACAGGGUCAUGUCUUCAGACGAUCCAUAUAUCCAUAUCAUGGAUCUUGCCAUGGAAUUGACAACUGCACUUAGUCCUGCGGGCGGUACGGUCGUGGACUUCUUUCCGAUAUUGAAACACAUACCGACGUGGCUGCCGGGUAUGAGUUGGAAGCGCAAAGCAGAAGAUGCCAAAAUCAUUGUUAUGGACGCAAGACUGAGGCCGUAUCACAUGGCCCGAGAUGCUGUUGCCGCAGGGUGCGCGAGGCCGUCGAUCAUAUCUGGGCUCAUUGAGGACGCAAUGAAGCAAGGCAACCUUCCGGAGGAACAAGCUGACAUCAUCAACGGUUGCAGCGUCUUGUACGGUGCCGGGACAGAUACAACGAAAACGUCGCUGCUCACAUUCAUAUUGGCAAUGGUGCUUCAUUCCGACGUUUAUCAGAAAGCUCAAGAUGAGGUUGACCGGGUCAUUGGAAGCGACCGUCUGCCAACGCUCGCAGAUCGGGAUGAUUUACCUUACGUUCAAUGUGUCUUGAAGGAGGUGUAUCGUUGGAAUCCUCCAGUUCCACUAGGUAUCCCACACUAUUUGACAGAAGACGAUGACUAUCAGGGUUUCGACAUACCGGGUGAUACCGGGGUCGUUGCUAACCUAUGGUCCAUGUCACAUAGCGAGGAGGUUUAUGGUGACCCGGACGUCUUCCGCCCCGAGCGAUUCCUUCAUCCCAAUGAGGAUACAGACAUAGCAGACCCAGUCAACAUCGUAUUCGGGCAUGGACGAAGAAUAUGCCCAGGUCGCGUUUUCGCGGACACGGCCAUCUUCCUAGCGAUCUCGAACAUCAUGCCACUCUAGACAUCAAGAAGGCUCGCGAUUCCCAAGGAAGAGAGAUCACACCAGAGGCUCGCUUUGUUCCGGGCUUCAACGAACCUUGUCGCGGACGCCAUCGCAUC